AAAAAAAAUUCAAAGGAGUACAAAACGAUAUAACGCACGAAACUUUGCUCAUAUUCAUAUCUGACAUAUAAUUUCAAGAUGAACACUAUAAAAAUGAUGAGGGCAAGUUUCAUAUUUUUCCUGCUUUGCGUUGUGAUAACAGAGAUCAAAUCUGAUAGUACUUGCUCUGUGAGUUACGAUAGAGCCAGAUCAAAAAUGCAUUUAGAAUUAGACUGGCUGGAAAACGCACAAGGACUACAAGGAAGACCUGGGAAAAGAGGAAUCCCUGGAAUUACAGGAGAGAAAGGAACACAGGGACAGCGCGGUGAAAAGGGGGAACAAGGAAUCAUAGGGCCAAAAGGAAAUGCAGGAAUGAUUGGACAUCCAGGUCCUAAAGGUGAAGUUUCGCAAGAAUAUUUGGCAAAUUUAGAAGCCAAAAUGCUGAAGUUUGCGACUCUCCCUUGGGUAAAAGUAAAUGAAAGAUUCUCAUAUUUUUCAAGCUCUUUUUCCAUGACUUGGGAGGAAGGGAAAACAUAUUGUGAAGAAAGGAAUGCUCAUCUGGCAUACAUGGGCCUGCAAAAGUCAUCUAUCUUGAGUCUUGUGCAAAAUAACGAAAAACUAAUAGCUCGCUCUAACUACUACUGGAUUGGAAUAAAUCUUAUCGAAGGAGAUUUUAAAUGGUUAGAUGGGGCUGCAGUAGAUAGCAAUAUAUGGUCAACGUAUUGGAAACAGCGCGAGCCUAAACCUCUGUUUAACUGUGGAAUAUUUAAGUAUGGUACUGAUGAUGUUGAAAGACAACCAUGCAAUGAUCGUAUGAAAGUACUCUGUGAAUUUGAACUAAAUGAGUUUUACUGAUCAUAAUCCUUAGUCACUCAUCUACACAGAUCUGUGAAAUUGGAUUCUUGCUUUUACAUUAAAACUUGGAAGUGCAUUUUUAUAUUAUUUUCUGUCAGUCUGAUUGAAGAUUUUAAAUUCUACCAAAAACUCAACAAAUUCUAAAAGAAUAGAGUUGGAUUUGAAUAUUUGUCUGAAAAAAUUUAUAAAUAUCAUUAAUUUGCUGCUCUUAUUAUCCAGAGAUGAACUUUACUCUAAUUUCACACAGUCCUACUAAAGUUGUGAAAUUCCGCUUUUAUUUACUAUUUGUUAUUGAUAACAAUAAACUUGUCAUAAGCUUGGA